GCUUUGAGGCUGAUUGGCGGACUGAGACGCUAACGCUGCGUAUGCUGUCAGUACGUGAAUGCCGUAGCUUCAACAUGGAGGUGUAGUAGCAGCAGUAUUUUCUGCUCGGAAUAUAUCUGAGCGAGAAAGCACAAUGGCAGAAAAAAAGACAAAAUCCUCAAGUACAAAAAGACCACUUAGCAAAAAGGAGCAGGAUGAGAUAAAGAAAAAGGAAGAGGAAGAAAAGGCAGCUGAAGUUUUUGAAGAGUUUGUAGCAUCCUUUGACGUUAAUGAGACAAACUCUGUGAAAACCUUUGUACGAGGUGGAAUUGUUAAUGCAACUAAAGAAGAAACUGCUGCAGAAAAUAAGAAGAAUAAGAUUUACCGCCCCACUACAAAAUUACCUUCAGUUCAGCAGAAUGUUACAUCACCAUCAUCUUCUGAGUCUAAAAAAGCUGUUAAUAAAAAGAAAACUGAGGAGAAAAAAAAGAGCAAUCUGGAGUUGUUUAAAGAGGAACUGAAACAGAUCCAGGAAGAGCGUGAAGAGAGAUUUAAGCGGAAAAAAUUAGGUGCAGAUCAGGGCAGCGUUGCGGAUGCUGAACUGCAGCUACCUUGCCGGUCAAUGUUGGAUGAUGAAUUGGGAGACCCUCAUACAACAAAUUUAUACAUUGGGAGCAUCAAUCCAAAGAUGAACGAAGAAAUGCUUUGUAAGGAAUUUGGGAAAUUUGGACCAUUAGCCAGUGUUAAAAUUAUGUGGCCUCGUACUGAUGAAGAGAGAGCAAGAGUAAAAAACCGUGGCUUUGUUGCAUUCAUGAACCGAAAAGAUGCAGAAAGAGCACUUCAAGCGCUUGAUGGAAAAGUUGUGAUGGGUUUUGAAAUGAAGUUAGGAUGGGGAAAAGCAGUCCGCAUCCCUCCUCACCCAUUGUAUGUUCCACCUAGUGUUCUGAAACAGACCACUCCACCCCCUCCGUCUGGUUUACCUUUUAAUGCCCAACCUAGAGAACGGUUCAGAAAUCAAGAUGUGCCAAAAUCAUUUAGAUCUAAAGAAGAUUUUGAGAAGACUCUGUCCGAAGCCGUAGUCAAAGUGAUUAUCCCAACAGAAAGGAAUCUUUUAAGUCUUAUACAUAGAACAAUAGAAUUUGUAGUACGUGAAGGUCCCUUGUUUGAAGCUAUGAUAAUGAACAAGGAAAAGGAAAAUCCAAAGUUCAGAUUCCUUUUUGAAAACCAGAGCCAAGAACAUGUAUAUUACCGUUGGAAAUUAUUCUCAAUUCUUCAGGGAGAACCCCCAAAUUCAUGGAGAACGAAAGAUUUCCGUAUGUUUAAAGGUGGAUCGAUAUGGCGUCCUCCUCUGUUAAAUCCUUAUCUCCAGUGUGAAGAAGAAGCUGCAGAGUCAUCAAGAUCUCCUUCUCAACAGGAAUAUGAAUUUAAAAGAGGCCACCUAAAACCUGGGCACAGAGAUAAGCUUGAAAAUAUUUUGAGAGGCCUGUUACCACGUAAAGAAGACAUAGGUGAUGCAAUGGUUUUUUGCUUGGAAAAGGCAGAAGCAGCAGAAGACAUUGUUGGAUGUAUUGCAGAGUCUUUAUCUAUUAUCCAAACUCCCCUACAGAAAAAGAUUGCAAGACUGUAUUUGGUUUCUGAUAUUUUAUACAACUCGUGUGCCAAAGUCGCCAACGCCUCUUAUUACAGAAAAUUCUUUGAAGCUAAACUUCCACAAAUUUUUACUGAUGUAAGUGAUGCAUAUAAGAAUAUUCGAGCCAGACUUCAAGCUGAGCAAUUUAAGCAAAAGAUAAUGUCUUGCUUCAGAGCCUGGGAAGACUGGGCCAUUUAUCCUGAGCCUUACCUUAUUCAGUUACAAAAUAUUUUCCUUGGGUUAGUCAAAGGAGAAGAUGACGUAUUACAAGGAUCUGUGAAUCAAGAUCUUGAUGGUGCUCCCCUUGAUGAUGUAGAUGGUAUUCCCCUGGAGAAUAUUGAUGGCUCUCCAAUGCAGGAUGGACCUUGGGAUGGAACUCCCUUAGAUGGUGCCCCUAUAGAUGACAUUGAUGGAGUACCAUUGUGUUCUGCAAUUGAUGACAUUGAUGGUUUGCCUUUUGAAGAUACACCAGUUUCCAUUAAGGAGAAACCCAUUGUAAAAGUUCCACUUUCAAAGUGGGAAGUUAUAGAAGAUCUGGACGAAAUUGAAGAAGCAAAUGUUGAAUCAAAGUGGGAUGUACUUGAAGAGCAAGAUUCAGAAGAAGAAAUUACAAGAAUAAAAGAAGAUAUAAAAGCUGAAAGUGAAGAAUCUGAAGCUGACAGUAGUGAUUCAGAUUCAUCAUACGAUAAAGAAGACCUAUUAGCAGGAAAGCCUCUUCAGCUCUUUUCAGAUGUUUCUGAAGGAAAACGAGCUAAGCUGCGUGAACUUGAAUUAAGGGUUAUGAAAUUUCAAGAUGAACUUGAUUCUGGAAAACGACCGAAAAAGGCAGGAAUGUCUGUACAGCAACAAAUUGAACACUACAGAAACAAGCUUUUACACAAGGAGUAUGAAAAGGAUGACUUAGAACGCAGGGAAAAGACUUCUCUGAAGUUUAAAGAGAGAAGCAAAAAAGAAGAAAAGAAGGAUAAAGACCGGCAAGAAGAGAAGCUGAAAAUCAAAGAAAAGGACAAAAGAAGAAGUAAGGAAUUAAAUCAAAACCUAGACAAGAAUAGGGGCAGGAGCAGAGACAAAGAAGACGAAAAAAUCAGGGAUCGCAGGCACCAUGGAGGCAACUGUGCAUCACCUGUAAGAUUAAAGUCCUCUAAAAGGUCACGAUCCCCGUCUCCUUGCAACAGAAUAUGGAGGUCAAGAUCACGGUCUCCUUCCCGUUCACACAAAAAAUCAAAGAAGAGCAAGCACUGACUACCAGAAACAGAAAUGUGAUGUAAAUAAAUUGCUUUUUUAUUGUUUUAGUCAACCAGAAUCAGUCUUUUUCUUUCAUGUACAUAUAUUAUUUGACUGUCAUUCUCUAUGAAGAAAAAAAAUCUUUUUCAGACUUUAAUUAACAAAAUCAAAACUUUUUUGAAAAUGUUUCAGUGGCUUAUUUUUUGAUUUUUUUUUUUUCCGGAUUAGUCCUUUCGGUCCUCCCAAAUUCCUGGUCGUCUUUUUUUUUUUUGGUCCAAUACAUUGUCAACUUUAAUUAUGCCUUUCUCAUGAUUUACACAGAUAUACGGACCUUUUAAUUUAUUUUGUUGAUGGCUUUUGUACAGGGAAACAAUUUUUGUAAUAUUUUCCUUAUGUUUCUUAUUAUUGAAGAAACAACUGUCUUGGGCCUGCAUUGUUAAGUUUUGGGUUACUUAAUGUUUCUUAAGAAACGGUUACAUUGAAAACUCAAUCAAGUCUGUUUUUAUUUCCUGCUCCUCUCUUAACUCACUGAUAUUUUAUUUGCCAUUGUGUUUUGGUAAAUAAAGGUUUUCACUUGUCA